AUGAACGAGUUUUCUUUUUGCUUCUUUGAUAUUUUUCUUUCUUUUUUUCUUUCUUCUUUUUUCUUUCUUUUUUCUUUCUUCUUUUUUCCUUUUCUUUCUUUCCUUUUCUUUUUCCUUUUCUUUUUUCCUUUUCUUUUUUCCUCUUCUUUUUCCUUUUCUUUCUUUCUUUUUCUUUUUCCCUUUCUUUUUUCCUUUUCUUUUUCAUCUUCUUUUUUCCUCUUCUUUUUCCUUUUCUUUUUUCCUUUCCUUUUAUUCCUUUUUUCCUUUUCUUUUUCUUCCUUUUCUUUUUUCAUUUUCCUUUUCUUUUUCUUCGUUUCCUUUUAUUCCUUUUCUUUUUCCAUUUCUUUUUUUCCUUUUCUUUUUUUCCUUUUCUUUUUUCCUUUUCUUUUUUACGUUUUCAUUUUUCCUUUUUCUUUUUUCCUUCACUUUUGCUUUCCUCAUUUAUUUUUCCAUUUGGUUUUAUUAUUUUGUUUAUUUGAUAUUUUCUUUUUCCUUCUUUUUCUUGUAUUUUCUUCUUCGUAUCCAUUCACAUUGCCUGCUUUCCUGUUUUUGUUUCUUGUCUUCUUCCUUCUUUUCGUCCACCUCCAUUACUUCUCUUCUAUCUUCUCUUUCUUCUUUUUUCACACUCCUUAUUUCAAGUCUUUUCCUCUCUCUCUUUUCACCUCUUUCUUUCUCUUCAUUUUUCUUUCUUCCUCCCCCUCCUUCUAUUCACUUAUCUACUUCCUUUUAUCACUUAGCUUUUCGUUUAAUUUCUUUUCCCCUUCCUCUUUCAACUUUUACUCUUUUUCUUUUUCUUAUUUUCACCCUCUUUCUUUUUCCACCUUCUUUUCACCCUCCUCCUCAUAUUACUCUUUUCUUCUUCUUUCUUUUACCUUCCUCCUCCGUUUUUUUUCAGCAUCUUUUUAUUUACUUUCUCUUCCUCCUUUUUUUAUUUUCUUUUCUCCUCUUUUCUAUUUUCUCCUCCGACCUUUUGCCAUCCUUCCUUUUCUUCUUCUUUUUCUCCCCUCUCUUCUGCCUUUUAACACUCUUUUUUUCCUUCUUUUCAUCCGCCUCCUGCACCUAUUUUCUUUUCUUCUUUCUUUCUUUUCUCUCUCCUCCUCAUUUUACCCACUUUAUUUUUCCUUCACCAUCUCCAUCCGCCCUUUUACACUCCUCCUCCUCCGUCACCUUAUUUUCAUCUUCUUCGUUUUCUUCUUUUUUCCAUUUCUUUUUUUACUUUUCUCCUCCCAUCGUUGUUCUUGUAACAUAUUCCAGUUACUUUUUCGCUCUUUUCUCUUCCUUAGUUUGCAUUUGAGUCUCGUUCUUUUUCUCCGUGUUGCAUUCUCUUUCGCACCGUCGCGUUUUCUUUUUAUUAUCUAUCUCAUUAUGCUUCCAUCUCAUUAUGUUCCUAUCUAUCUAUCUAUCUAUCUAUCUAUCUAUCUAUCUAUCUAUGCCGAAAAAACAAAUCAAUCAAUUAAUCUAUCCAUCUUUGUUCUUAUCAAUCUCUCUUUCUUUUCUUUUUUCCUUUUUUUUUUCUAUCUAUCUAUCUAUCUAUCUAUCUAUCUAUCUAUUUAUGUUCGUCUUUCCAUAUCUACCUAUCUAUCUCGGCCUCUUCGUAGCCUAUCAAUCUAA